CGACCACUGUGAGGACUUUUGACUGGCUCCCUCCCCCGGAACUUCCAGGAUGCGGGCGCAGGCAGUUGGCGUCACUUGGAGCUUGAGCAGCCGCACGAGGCUUUUGGAAGUCUGACAAUGGCCAAAAACAAACUAAGAGGGCAGAAAUCCAGGAAUGUAUUCCACAUAGCCAACCAAAAAAGUUUUAAGGUUAAAAAUAAAGCAAAACCAGUUACCACUAAUCUUAAGAAGAUAAACAUUGUGAAUGAAGAAAAAGUUAACAGACUGAAUAAAGCUUUUCUGGAUAUACAAAAGGAACUUGCACAUUUCUCAAAAGGCCUUUCCCUUGAACCUCUGCAGAAACAGCUGAGUCCUCAGCAGUGUCCUGAGAAAGAACCAGUUAAUGUUGAUGAAGCUACAAGAUUAAUGGCUCAGUUGUAAUACACUGGCGAUGCAUCAAAUUCCCCCAAAAGACCAAUAAAUUAAAUGUUUUAUACAAUUUUA